AUGCCUCUCCACCGAUUGGAGUGCCCCGUGCCUCCCCUACCCGCCUGCCCUUGUCUGCCCUGCAGGGAUGUCACCAGAAACUUAACAAUUCGCCGCUCUGCACUGUUCCCCACUGAGUGGAUGGCGCUCACAAGGCUGGAGACGCUGUGGGCCGGUUUGAAUGGCUUCACUGGCUCUAUCCCCUCGACCAUCUCCACCCUCACCGCCCUCACCAUCUUGUACGCCUCCCCUUCCCAUCAUCUCUCCCAUUUUUGUCCUCUCUCCCCUUCCCAUCCUCUCAAUCCUUCCUUCCUCUCAAUCCUUCCCAUCCACUCUACCCUUACCAUCCUCUCUCCCCUUCCCAUCCUCUCUCCCCUUCCUAUCCUCUCUCCCCUUACUUCUUCUCUCCCUUUCCUUCCUCUCCUUCCCCUUCCUUCCUUGGAAACCUCAUUAGAAAUGCAGUGGUUGCACAAAAGAUGA